AUGUCCAGAAAUCUUCAGCUCUCAAGCUGCUCCGAGCAUACAAUCAACUACAGGCAGUCUGCAACAAACUACAAGCGGGGCUAUUACUGA